AUGGCGGCGGCUCUUCUCCGAGCAGCUCGUGCCUCGCGGCACCUCGCGCUCCCCCGCUCUAUCGUCGGCCGCCCUAGCCAGCUGUCCUCCUCCUCCUGCACCGCCUCUGCGGCGGAGACGCUGUCCCCUGCCGCCGCUGCGCCGCCCACCCCCGCAGACGUUGAGGACGCGGUCGUUGUCGAAGCCGAGGAGGACGACUUGAGGAGCCACAUCUUCCGGCUGCGGCUGGCGAAGCGGAGCGCGACGGAGGCGCUCGAGAAAUGGGCCGGCGAGGGCCGUGCCGCCCCCGCGCCGGAGCUCCGCCGCAUCGCCCGCGACCUCAGCCGCGCCCGCCGCUACAAGCACGCGCUCGAGGUAGCAGAGUGGAUGAAGACACAUCAUGAGUCUGAUUUAUCUGAGAACGACUAUGGGGUGCGCAUCGACUUGAUUACAAAAGUUUUUGGCGCUAAUGCAGCUGAAGAUUUUUUUGAGAAGCUUCCACCUGCAGCCAAAUCACUGGAAGCAUAUACUGCACUCCUCCAUUCAUAUGCUCGAUCAAAGAUGGUAGACAAAGCCGAGAGGCUGUUUCAGAGAAUGAAGGAUGCAGACCUACCUAUUGAUGUCCUGGUCUACAAUGAAAUGAUGACCUUGUAUAUUUCUGUCGGCGAGCUUGAUAAGGUUCCAACUCUUGCUGAGGAAUUGAAGAGGCAAAAUGUUUCACCAGACCUAUUCACAUACAACCUCCGGAUCAGCGCGUCGGUUGCAUCCAUGGAUCUCGAGGCGUUCAAAGGAAUUCUCGACGAGAUGUCAAAAGAUCCAAACUCCAACGAAGGAUGGACACUGUACCGGAACCUCGCUAGUAUCUACGUCGAUGCCAGCCAGCUUGUUAGCUCGGGGAGUUCACUGGUGGAAACCGAGGCGAAGAUUAGCCAGAGGGAGUGGAUAACCUACGAUCUCCUCGUCAUCUUGCACGCCGGUCUCGGCAACCUGGACAGGGUAAAGGACAUAUGGAAGUCGAUGCAGAUGACCUCCCAGAGAAUGACUAGCCGGAACUAUGUCUGCGUGCUCUCCGCCUAUCUGAUGUGCGGGCAGCUGAAGGAUGCCGCGGAGGUCGUCGACCAGUGGCAGCGAUCGAAAGUCCCAGAGUUCGACAUCUCCGCCUGCAACAGGCUGUUUGAUGCUCUUCUGGCUGCUGGCUUCACCGACACGGCGGAUAGCUUUAGAGAGCUGAUGUUGCAGAAGAGCUGUAUACUGUCGAGCAGGGCAAACGCGUGCUCCUGA